AUGCUUCCCCAGUCCGCCGUCCGCGCCAGCCCGCGCAUCACCUCGCUGGUCAGCCGCCGGGCCUUCCACGCCACCCGCGCGCGCCUCUCGUCGCCGUACCACUACCCCGAGGGCCCGUACUCGAACCUGCCGUUCAACACCAAGACCCGCUUCUUCGCCGUGCGAUACUGGGCCUACUGCAUCACGGGUUUCUUCCUGCCCUUCGGCAUUGCUGUCUGGCAAACCAAGAAGCCCAAGGCUUAA